ACAUGUAGAUAAGCACACGGUAAUACGACGAUAACGACAAUGAUUUAUAUAACCAAAAAUGGAAAUAUUUCACAUCCAAAAAUUACCAAGAUAAAAUUUUAAAUUAAUAAAAACAAAGCAAAGGAAAUCGAGACUUUUUAUUUCUGCUGUUAGCUUUCUAGCAUUAGAUGAGAAAUCGCCGUACUGUUGGACGAAAUUAAUCUAGAAUCGAUCUGUUCCAGAAUUGUUGGUCUAGUUUUGGUGUGUCAUUUACAUUAUGCCAAAGUUACAUCUUCAAUGUUGUGAUUGGAGAACAAGGAAAUAGGAAAAAUACAAAGAAAAAUGAGUCAUAAUUUUCAUUCGCCUUUGUUGUAAUAAUUUAGAUACGUAUGACAAAUGAACCGCAAUGUCUGCGAGCCUGGAUGCCUGUUGACAUUUACUUCAAGGACGGAGGCAAAUGACACCGAAGCAGUUACCUGAGGCAAACAGGUGGUAGAUUUGGUUGUUUUCGCCUUGGUACGUUAAAGAAAAGGAAGGGAGAGAAAGGAAAUCCAAAAUGGCCGACCGUUUGCUAGUCUCUCCCCUUCAAACGUCAGCAACUGUAAGGGCCCGUCAGCGUAAGAUUGGAAGUGUACUUUCAGUAAGGGUGUUUCACUUUAGACGUUCAUACACGUUUAGAUCAUCGUCUAGUCAAUUGUCUUCCAUGUGCGUUCUCUAGGAAGUCUCUUGGCUAAUGGCAGAGGCUUUUCUAUUUGACUACGCAAGAAAUGUCUUUCAUGGAAUCGAAAAAUUGUAUAUCUUGUAACAGUGGGUUUGUUGCUGGUCUCUUAUUCUUCUUCCAAUUUGUUGUUCCCGAUCACCAUUCCCCUCACGGAAUGCUAAAGAUGAUUUUCCCCAGUUGUUCUAGCCUUUUUCUAUUUACAAAAUGUAAGUCAAUGUCUGUUCAUAGAUGGCAGAUAUAGUUGAUCUGAUGGAUGGCAAGCGCGGCAACAGCAUCUUCACCACCGGAAGCCAAAAUCCAUCUUGAUUUCUAAAAGAAAAGGAAUGGUAUUGGAAGAGAAAGUUUUAUCGGGUCAAUUUCGUGAUCGGAUCAAACGAGACAGAGAUGAUACGCACAACACGAAUACCACCUGUGCUGCAUGACUCCAGACAAGUUCGCAGGUUUGUACGUGCAUUAUAAGAACUAACAAAACGGCAUUACCAUGUCUUUGGAUGAAAUCUGCAAGAUAUUAAUCCAGAAUCGGUCUGUUUCUUAUCUCUACUCUUUUUUUUUUAGUUGUGUAUUAUUUGUAUCAUGACGAAAUUUUAUAUUUUGUGCUGUGAUUGAGAAACCAAGAAAUCGAAAAGAAUACAAAGAAAAGUGAACCAAUCACGUCAUCCGCCUUAAUUCCGAUAGGGAUAAAAGACGAAUGGACCUACUACGUACGAACACGCAAAUGCUUGGCAGAACUGGCAUUUUCCUCACGGACGGAGUACAAUCAGGAACGGAUCAGCCGGUGACAUUGAGAGAAGGGAUGGCAAUGACCUGAAGCAAAACGUGUCGGAGACUGGCAGCAAUUAGUGAAUAUCAGAAUAACAGAGGAUGGUGGACGUCCUUAAAGAUCCAGUGAUUUAGCCCUAAUCAGUAUGGAAAAACGUCAUGACUGGAAGAGUAGCUAUCACAAUGCACAUUAAGGUUUUGCUUACAUCAGUUCACUUUUUGCUCUUGAAAACCAAAGUUUCUCGGUCGAGUCCUCUUCGUUUCAUCACUUCGAAAAAAGGCAGCGUUCACCGAAACUCUUCGUCGCAAACGAAAAUGAAUGAGAUAGUUAAGAAGACGGGUACCAUCCAAUUAGGAGAGUCGUUCACACCUUCACUUGCUGAUAACUGGUGUCAAACGACGAGCGAAAUUAACAAAACUGAUUUCGAGUGGAAUGUUCAGCUUCCCUACACACAACAUCCUCUGCCUGCUUUGACAUCAUCUACCGUCUCAUCGGGAGAAUAUUGUUCGUGGGCCCUUAACCUCAGUGACGACCCAUUAAACAUCAACAUCGGUGUGAAUUUAUAUCGCGGCACGCAAUAUUUAAAUAUCACCCAUCGCUUUCGAGUGCGUGCUGGAAUUGCAAACAAGAAAGGAGACCUACUUUUCCCGAAUACGACCCUGAUUGACAUAAAAUGGGAUGGUUCCGGCAAAAUCUUUUGUUAUAUCCUGCAAAUCAAUAAAGAAGAAUUAUGGAAAUCCGACUGCUACGAAAAGGAUGGCAACUUUACCAUUUAUUGCGCUGUCGCAGUUUGGCUUUUGAAGGGAAACAAGUCGGGCUCUUUGCCAAAAUCUACAUCAAAUACUUGUCAUAAUGAAUUACUUCAGACACAGCUAGAAGAACUUUUAGAAAACAAGACGCUGAGUGACGUCAACUUGAACGUCAGAGGGCGAAUUUUUCCCGCCCACAAGAACAUUCUAGCAGCAAGAAGCAAAGUAUUUGCCGCCAUGUUUGAGCAUGAAACAGCAGAGAAAUUGUUGAACAACGUAGACAUCCAAGACGUCGAUCCAGACUUGUUCCAAGAGGUACUCGUUUACAUCUAUUCCGGCCGGAUGUCUUCUGGAACGAUAGACAAAAAGGCUGUCGGUGUUUUAGCGGUGGCGGAUAAGUAUUUUCUGGAUCAGUUGAAAGCCGAGUGCGAAACUCAUUUGAUGAAGAAGAUGUCCGCCGACAACUGCGUGGAGUUGCUUGCACUUGCCGAUCAGCCUCAUCCAGCGGCGCAUUUGAAAAAGUAUGCAGUUGAUUUCCUCCGGCGUUCUCCUGCUCUUGUGAAAGCGACCGAUGGAUGGGAAAAGGCGAAACGAGAGAAACCCCUUUUGUUUUGUGAAUUGAUCGAAAUGCUAUGUGCCUGAUGCUGUUCCAUGUCUAUCAUGAUGUAAGAAAACAUUGUCAGAUGAAAGUCAUCGAUAAGAAUUGAAUCGGUAUGUUCAAAAAUUGCUGUUUACAAUUGUGUUGUUGUUAUUUUUUUCGUGUUUUGCUAAAGUUGUGUUAGAGGAAAAAGGAAAUUGAAAAAUACAAAGAAAGGUGUACCUUGA